AUGGUUUCAGUGGGGACUGAUAAGUGGUUUUCUGGCGGCGCCGGAGGCAGUGGCGGAAGCAUUGGCGGUGGUUCUUCUUCUACAUUUGAAGGGUAUUCUAGUCCCACUGUUGGUGGCAGUUCUUCUUCUAGUUUUCUAGGGUUUUCGGGUAGUGUUGCUACUGGAGGGGACUUCUCCAAUGACACUGCCGGCAUCUAUUAUUCUGGAUAUGAAGGGUCUUUUGGUGGCAGCACUGCUGUUGGUGGUUCUUCUACUAGUUUGGAGGGACGAUUUUCCAGUGCUAGUGAUGAUGCUGUGGCGGCGACGGGGCUGGUGACGGCGCAGGCAGCUUCCACUCCGGCGACGGCGGCAGCAGCGCUGAGGCGGACUACUCUUUCUUUUUCCUUCUUCUCCGUCAGGCGGCGGCGACGGGGGGCUGGUGGCGGCGCAGACUGCUUCCGCUCCGGCGACGGCGGCAGCAGCGAAGCCCUCCUCUUUCUUCUACUUCUUCUCCGGCAGGCGGCUGCAGUGGAGGCUGGGGCAGCACCGGCGGCUUCUUCUCCAGCACGCGGCAGCAGCGGUGGCCUUUUCUCUUAUUUUCCUUUCUUCUCCGGCGCAGUGGCAGCGGCGGCGGCCGGCGGCAGAAGCUGCUGUGGCGGGGCGGUUUUGGAAUCUUCUCCGGUGAUGGUGGCGGCGGCGGAAGCUGCAGCGAAUGGCACUGUUUUGGAAUCUUCUCUGGCGGCAGGCGGCGGCAGUCUGGUGGAAGGCGGCGGUGGUCCGGUGGCAGGCGGCGGUGGCACUCCGGAACAGAUCUUUCUCAACUUGCUUUCCUUCCUAAUUUCUCAUUAG